CACCGCCACCGCCACCGCGACUCCUCGCCACCGCCUACGGCGUCGUUCUGUACGUAGCAGAUUCACGAGAUCUGCUCACAAGUCUUAGUAUUUCUCAAAUAUUUAAAAUUCGAACUUUCUCUCUGCAAGUAAAUUCCGGAUUCUCUCAUCUCAUCAACUGAAAAGAGCUCUCCGUUUGACUUCAGAAUAUCUCUCGAUCAUUUCCCUACAGUAUCUUCUUCUUAUUCAUCUUCUAAUUUUACCAAGAAACAAACAGAAGAUUGCAAUCUCUGGUCUACCUUUCGAGAGAAUUAGGGUUUCUGGUGUAUAUGCAGAUUUAAUGUGCUUGUUUGUGAUCAUUUGAAUUGACUAACUGAGAAGAUUGGAAGUUGGUCCUGGUGUCAGAAUCAGGGUUUCCAUAAAUGUUUUAGGGGUUUUAGGGUUUAAUAUCCAAGAGGAGAGUUCUGAUUUGGUCUUCUAAAUCCAAUUCGAUUGUAAUCAAGAUUCUGUCGAUCUGAUUUUGGAACGCGAAGUUAGGGUUUAUGAUGGUAGAAUGACAAUGGUGCGGCUUCUGGGACUGAGUCGUGGAGAAUCAGACGAGUCACCCAGGGAAAUAACCUCGCGAACUAAUCUAAUAAGUGAGUCAGGGGAAAGCGGGUGGCUAAUCAGGUUCUUCGACUCGGCCUUUUUCUGUGAGUGGAUCGCAGUGAGCUACCUAUACAAGCAUGAUCAUGCUGGUGUACGUGACUAUCUAUGUAACAGAAUGUAUACGUUGCCUUUAUCAGGUAUCGAAAGUUACUUGUUCCAAAUUUGUUACAUGUUAAUACACAAGCCGAGCCCAUCUUUGGAUAAGUUUGUCAUUGAUAUAUGCUCUAAGUCACUAUUGAUAGCUCUGAAGGUGCAUUGGUUUUUGUUGGCUGAGAUUGAGGAUUCUGAUGAUAAUGAAGGGAUUAGUAGGAUUCAGGAGAAGUGUCAGAUUGCAGCCACUUUGAUGGGAGAAUGGCCCCCACUUGUGCGGCCACCAAGUGGGUCUUCCAGCCCCGGGGGUAAGAACCCAGUCCUGAAUAAAAUCUUGUCAUCAAAACAGAAGUUUUUGUCACUGACAUCUUCACCACCUGCUAAUAAGUCUCUGUCUUUUUCACCCCCAUCGGGGAAUAGUUUACUUGAGGAUGGAAAUUUGUUAUCACCAGAUGAGAACAACAUUUUUAAGAAGCUUAUUCCAGGUCCAAAAGUUAGAGAUGCAUUGUUGUUUAGGAAGUCAGUGGAGAAAGAGGAGGAAGAGAGUGAGAAAGAUGGAUUUUUUAAGAGACUUUUGCGAGAUAGUAGUAGAGGUGAGGCUGAGGAGGCGGCAUCGAAUUCAGAUGGGUUUUUCAAGAGGCUUUUGAGAGAUAGCAGUAGAGGAGACGAUGAGGAGUUGACAUCAACCUCAGAUGGCUUUUUUAAGAGGCUUUUGAGGGAUAGUAGUAAAGGUGAGGAUGAGGAGUUGACGUCUAGCUCGGAAGGAUUUUUCAAGAGGUUGUUUCGUGAUAGCAAGAGUGAUGACGACGACAAAUCUGUUUCUAAAUCAGUGGAAGAUGAUGAAAAGGAGGGUUUCUUUAGGAAAUUUUUUAAGGACAAGAAGGAUGAGCAUGAAGAAAGGGUGAGCUCUGAAGAGAAAUGUUCAAAAUCUGCAGAGGAUGAAGAAAAAGAGGGGUUCUUCCGCAAAUUAUUUAAGGAAAAGUUUGAGGACAAGAAAGAUGGAAAUGGUAAAAUUGAUGAGGGAAAUGCCAAUGUUGAGGAAGAAGAAACUUCUGAAUUUUCAUUGUUUCGAAGAUUGUUUCGGGUGCAUCCUGAGGAUGCCAAGAGUACUGCAUUGAAAGAGAAUAGCAACAAUGGUGGUUUGUUUGAGAGCAGUCCUGGAACUGAGAAUUUUUUCCGCAAAUUAUUUAGAGAUCGUGAUCGUUCAGUUGAAGAAUCAGAGUUGUUUGGUUCAAAGAAGAACAAAGAGAAGCGUCCAGGUUCACCAAAGCAACAGAAUGACAAGUCAAACAUGAAGCCUCCACUUCCUAAUAAUACUGCAUCACAUUUCAGAAAAGGGGCUUAUCAUGAAUCACUGGAAUUUGUGAUGUCACUAUGUGAGACUUCUUAUGGCUUAGUAGACGUAUUUCCUGUUGAAGAUCGCAAAAGUGCUCUUCGUGAGUCACUUGCAGAGAUCAAUUUGCAUUUAGCUGAAGCUCAAAAUAGUGGAGGAGUUUGCUUUCCAAUGGGAAAGGGAAUGUACCGUGUAGUUCAUAUACCUGAAGAUGAAGCCGUUCUUUUGAAUUCUAGGGAAAAGGCACCAUAUCUGAUUUGUGUUGAAGUUUUGAAAUGUGAAAUGCCAAGCAAUACCAAGGGUACAUUUGGUGAUCAAAAACUUUCCAGAGGAGGCAUUCCUCUAGCAAAUGGAGAUGCAUUUUUGCCAAAGCCUCCUCCAUGGGCCUAUCCUUUGUGGACUGCCCAGGAAGUGUAUCGGAAUAGUAGUGAUAGGAUGUCAAGAUCUACAGCUCAAGCCAUUGACCAGGCAAUGUCCCAUAGUUUGGAGGCAAGAUUGAAAUUUGUUAAUGUGAGCCUCUCUGUGGUGAAGCAAUUGCCUCGCCAGACACAUGAUAUCCACCCUGGCAUUAAUCGCAGUGGUCUGCAUCAAAGAGCAACUAAUGGUGGGGAAUUUGAAUGGGUGAGGGUGGUGCUCACAGCAGAUCCUGGAGUCCGAAUGGAAGACAUUGGGGAUCGAGGACCACCUCGUCGCAGGGAGCAUCGUCGUGUUCCCAGUACAAUAGCCAUAGAAGAAGUGAAGGCUGCUGCAGCCAAAGGUGAAGCACCUCCUGGACUUCCUCUAAAGGGGGCUGGCCAAGAUUCAUCAGAUGCACAACCACAGGUUAAUGGUGGCAUCCCUAAGGCCAGUGAUGCUCUAUCUGGUGAACUAUGGGAAGCAAAGAAAGAGAGGAUUCGUAAAGCUUCAGUAUAUGGAAAAGUACCUGGUUGGGACUUGCGCUCAGUUAUUGUGAAGAGUGGUGAUGAUUGCAGGCAGGAGCAUCUUGCUGUGCAACUUAUUUCUCAUUUUUAUGAUAUAUUCCAAGAAGCUGGUCUCCCUCUCUGGUUACGUCCUUUUGAAGUUCUGGUCACUUCAUCUUAUACAGCUCUCAUUGAGACGAUUCCUGAUACUGCCUCACUUCAUUCUAUCAAGAGUAGAUAUCCCAACAUCCCAAGUUUGCGUGACUUCUUUGUUGCUAAGUAUGAGGAGAACUCCCCAAGUUUUAAGCUUGCACAGAGGAACUUUGUUGAAAGUAUGGCCGGAUAUUCUCUAGUGUGCUAUCUGCUACAGGUGAAGGAUAGGCACAAUGGAAACCUGUUAUUGGAUGAAGAUGGUCACAUUAUACAUAUUGAUUUCGGAUUCAUGCUCUCCAAUUCACCUGGUGGUGUUAAUUUUGAGAGUGCACCCUUCAAAUUAACCCGAGAGCUUCUUGAGGUUAUGGAUUCUGACGCUGAGGGAGUUCCAAGCGAGUUCUUUGACUAUUUUAAAGUUUUAUGCAUUCAAGGCUUCUUAACGUGUCGUAAGCAUGCAGAGCGUAUUAUUCUUCUUGUCGAGAUGUUGCUGGACUCUGGUUUCCCUUGCUUUAAAGGUGGUCCACGGACAAUACAGAACCUAAGAAAACGAUUCCAUCUAAGUUUGACUGAAGAGGUAAGAUAUAGUUUCUUUAUCUGUAUCCAUGCCAUUCUGCACAAGAUUUUACGUGACAUAAUCUGUUGCUUUCUAGCAGCAAUGUGUCUCCUUGGUGCUUUCUCUUAUCAGUAGCAGUCUAGAUGCUUGGCGGACACGGCAGUAUGACUAUUAUCAGAGAGUUUUGAAUGGAAUAUUGUGAGGUUAGGUUUGCACGGUACAACAUUCUUUGCUCCCUUUGACAAUUGCCAGUCCAGUGAAGCAUUUUGAUGAGUUUGAUGUAAAUCACUGUACAAGGGCAAUUGGUUUGCUGCAUUGUGUGACUCCGGAGAUUUUGUUGAAGAUGUAUCAAAUACUAAUAACAGAUUGUGGCCUGUUUUCUCUCGGUGAGAGGAAUUUGUAAUUGUAUCGGCUGAAAUACUUUUAGGAAGUCCAGCAGGCUAAAUUUUCUUCUGUGGAGUCGUCUUCUUUUCACUGUUUCCCCUUGUCAUUUAAUAUGGAAGUCUGCUUGUGUUCGGGGAAUUUAAUUAUUCAAAAAGGAGGCAUGCAUUUUCACCCUCUUCAUACAGCAUGUAUAGAUUCAUUUCUAUGAAGAUGACUGGCCAGAUAUGAAAAGGCUGCAAGGGCACAAUUGCUGAUCGAAUUUCACACUUGGUAGUCAUCAGAAGCAACACAAGUACCAAACUCCUGAUUACCUGCCAUUUUGCCAUUAGAAGUUGCUAUAUUCUUCAGAUAGAAGCAUGUCAGACAACAUCAUAUUGGUGUCUGUCUGUCAGUUCUGAUGUCAAAUAUUUGAUGGUGAGUCUUCGCGGGUAUAAUUUCUCAAUGUUUGUUUCCCAGAAAAGUUGUGCUUACAAAAUUCUUUAAAGCAAUAAAUGAAUACAUCAUGUGAGAUCAGUCCUGUUUUCUUUGAAAGUGAAAAAAUUUGUUUAUUGAAAUCUUAGUCAUAUAUCAUAGUCUUUGGUGGGGCAUAGAAUUCUGUUCCAAUUUGUGUAUUUGAUGGACAUGGGCAUGGUAGGUUUUGUGGGUCAGUAAUAGAAAUUUUUUAGGCUGUUUACUCCUGUCUUGAUUCGUCAACUAUAGGAUCAUUCAUGUAAAAUAUGAUAAAGCAACUUUCUGUAAAGGCUUGGUUUUUAUCUCCUGGUACAGUUGGAAAUUUUACUGAGCAAUUCCUGUGAUGAGAUGUGAUUUGUUUAUUCA